GGGCUGCGCGCUCCGGCGGGGACCCGGGACGCCUCUGGCCGUGCUGCGCCGCUCCUGUCCCGCCGGCCGAGCCAUGACGGACGCCAGCCACAGGAAGGAGGGCUUCAAAAAAUGCCGGAGUGCCACUUUCAGCAUCGAUGGCUACAACUUCACCAUCGUUGCAAAUGAGGCCGGGGACAAGAAUGCCAGACCACUUGCCCGCUUCUCCCGGUCUAAGUCUCAGAACUGUCUAUGGAACUCCCUCAUUGACGGACUCACAGGAAAUGUCAAGGAGAAGCCACGGCCAACGAUUGUCCAUGAUCCCCGGCCACCGGAGGAAAUCCUAGCUGAUGAGCUGCCACAGUUGGAUAGCCCCGAAGCCCUGGUGAAGACAUCCUUCAGGAGGAAAUAUAAGAAAACGUCCCAGAGGUUACGCUCUUUGGUCAAACAAUUAGAAAGAGGAGAGGCAUCAGUGGUGGAUCUUAAGAAGAAUUUGGAAUAUGCAGCCACAGUACUUGAAUCUGUAUACAUUGAUGAAACCAGGCGACUCCUGGAUACCGAGGAUGAGCUCAGUGACAUCCAGUCAGAUGCUGUGCCAUCUGAGGUCCGAGACUGGCUGGCUUCCACCUUCACACGGCAGAUGGGGAUGAUGCUCAGAAGGAGUGAGGAGAAGCCUCGGUUCAAGAGUAUUGUCCAUGCAGUGCAGGCUGGGAUAUUCGUGGAGAGAAUGUAUAGACGAACAUCAAACAUGGUUGGACUGAGCUACCCACCAGCUGUUAUCGAAGCAUUAAAGGAUGUGGACAAGUGGUCUUUUGAUGUCUUUUCCCUCAAUGACGCCAGCGGGGACCACGCACUGAAAUUCAUUUUCUAUGAAUUACUCACGCGCUAUGAUCUGAUCAGCCGUUUCAAGAUCCCGAUUUCUGCACUUGUCUCCUUUGUAGAGGCUCUGGAAGUGGGAUACAGCAAGCAUAAAAACCCUUACCACAACCUGAUGCAUGCUGCCGACGUUACACAGACUGUACAUUACCUCCUCUAUAAGACAGGAGUGGCGAACUGGCUGACGGAGCUGGAGAUCUUCGCUAUCAUCUUCUCAGCUGCCAUCCAUGACUACGAGCAUACCGGAACCACCAACAAUUUCCACAUUCAAACUCGAUCUGAUUCAGCCAUUCUGUACAACGAUAGGUCUGUACUGGAAAAUCACCAUUUAAGUGCAGUCUAUCGUCUUCUACAAGAAGAUGAGGAAAUGAAUAUUUUGAUCAACCUCUCAAAGGAUGACUGGAGGGAGUUUCGGACCUUGGUCAUUGAGAUGGUGAUGGCCACAGAUAUGUCCUGUCAUUUCCAGCAAAUCAAAGCAAUGAAGACUGCUCUGCAGCAGCCAGAAGCAAUUGAGAAGCCAAAAGCCUUAUCCCUGAUGCUGCACACAGCAGAUAUUAGCCAUCCGGCAAAAGCAUGGGACCUCCAUCAUCGCUGGACAAUGUCACUUCUGGAAGAGUUCUUCAGACAGGGUGACAGAGAAGCAGAGUUGGGGCUGCCUUUUUCUCCUCUGUGUGAUCGAAAGUCAACCAUGGUCGCUCAGUCGCAAGUAGGCUUCAUUGAUUUCAUUGUGGAACCCACUUUCACUGUGCUUACUGACAUGACGGAGAAGAUUGUGAACCCUGUCAUCGAGGACACUUCCCAACCUGCCGGGACAGGGCAGAGGCGUUCGAGUUUGAACAACAUCACCUCGUCAGAUGCAAAGCGUUCAGGUGUCAAGAGCUCUGGGUCAGAAGGAAGUGCGCCAAUCACCAAUUCCGUCAUCUCUGUCGACUAUAAGAGUUUCAAAGCCACUUGGACCGAGGUGGUGCAUAUCAACCGGGAGAGAUGGAGGGCCAAGGUGCCCAAAGAGGAGAAAGCCAAGAAGGAAGCAGAGGAAAAGGCUCGCCUGGCCGCAGAGGAGAAGCAAAAGGAAAUGGAAGCCAAAAGCCAGGCUGAAGAAGGCAAAGCUGAGAAAAAGACACCUGGGGAAGCGAAGAAUCAAGUCAGUGGAAUACGCACAAGCAAAAGUGACAACCCUCGAGGGAAAAAUUCCAAAGCUGAGAAGUCAUCAGGAGAAAAGCAGCAGAACGGUGACUUGAAAGAUGGUAAAAAUAAGUCAGACAAGAAGGAUCAAUCCAGUGUCGGAAAUGAUUCAAAGAAAACAGAUGAUUCAGAAGAGUAAAAAACACCUCAUAUACAAUAAAAGAGGCUGCCAAUGUCUUGCAUCAUUUUAGCUGAGCUUCUUCAUUCUCCUUCUUCUCCUCCUUCCACAAAGACCAUGUCUGGGGAAGGUGUACAACUUUCAAAUCCAAGCCCCCCCACACACUUGGCCUUCUCUCAUGCCAUCUCCUUCCAAGGGAAUGACUCUUUGGGAGUUGGUCUGAGGUCUUAGAACUCUAGGGGGUUUCCCCUGAGCAAACAAAACAACUUGCGAUUUUUCACAAACAGAAACAAAACAUGAAGGGACUUCCUCCAAAUCCUUUGCUGAUGUUCGGGCUCUCAAGGCACCUCUCUGGCUGAUGAGAACGGACAUCCUGGAUAUGCUGAGAAAGGCCUCAAAAAGCCACGCACACAGUGAUUGCCAUUUCAUUACCGUCGAUGUUGUUAGUUUAAAUGUUGUUAUUUUUGCACUGGCUACCGAUGGUGGAUACGCCCAUGCUGGCUUUCACCGCAGCUAAGAUGACAAUUCCAACCUGAUUGUUUCUUUCCUGAGUCAGAAACAUUCUUUUUCUCCAACUUCUUUUCAGACUUAAAAAUUGUUCUUAUGCUUUUCUUUCCAUUUAUACAUUAUGAAACUCUCUUUGUUUUAUAAAAGGAGAUCAUCCAAUAGGAACUUUUAUUUGAUGCUUACUCUUUUUUAAUCUCUGCAUUCAUUAAUACAAACCUGAAAGUUUCAGCUGGUGACCGUGUUAUUCAGUUGGGAAACCUAUUGUUUUCUUUGGGUAGCAUCCACAACUAAAGGGUUACCGUGAUACUUACUGCUGACUAGUCCUGUUCAUUUGGGUGUCUGUGGUUUGACAUCAUUGCUCUUUUUAUUCAGGGAUGUACUUAAGGGAAUUAGUAUCAGGAAGAUAGAUAAUUUGUUUCAUUUUAGUAGGUCUUUAAACGUACCAGGUAGAAGCUGAUUAAUAGCAUGAGUCAAAAAUAAGAAUAGUAGAUGCAUCAUGGAAAGAGAAUAAAGACACUUAGCCACCUUGAAACCAAACCGAAAGUGGGAUUCAAUGGAGCAUCACUAAGGUGUGAUUUUAUGGCUCUGAGUGGUAGGAUUUUGAUAAGAGUGAUUCUUUGAGUCAUUCCCAAAAGCAAAUCACGCGAAGAUCCUGGUAAUAGAAUGGGAUUAAUUGUAGGAAGAAAGUGAGCUAGAUGAUAGCUUUAAGUGUAUUCCCAAUUGUGGGUUUAAUUUUUACACUACAAAGCACAAAAGUGAACAUUUAAAAAUCUUCUCAUUACCAAGGCAAAAUACUGGUAUUUCUUUAGACAAAAGAAGGAGACUGAGUGUGUGGUCUAUAAGGGUGCCUCGCUGAACUAUUCCCCAUCAGAAGGGUUUGAACUACUAUGUUGUAGAGAAGGUACAGUAGCAUGCUGUCGUUUGAGGUGGUUUCUUUUGUCAGCACUACAUUUUGUCUUGUUAAUAACAAUUAUCCUGCUUUCCCAACAGUAACCACAGUAAAUAAUGUGGUCACAAAUUCAAAUUGCUUCAGGGGACUAGCUGGUAAAAGUAAACGAGCAAAGCAAGCCAUGUAAUAUCAGAAUUACUGUGAUAAAUGCAGUUCCUCAUGUAGGACCUUGGUAUUAGAGAGACAAUAGGGAGUGGUAGGGACUGUGGGAAAUUGGAGAAAGUGUGUGCUGUCAAAAGGGGGCAGCCAUUAGUCAGCUACUGGAUUAGUGCCAUGAAGGAAUGCGGGUCCGGUGUCAUUGCCAGAUCUGAUUUUUCAGACUGAAUUCUGGAUUUUAUAUAAACUCUAACCCAUUUUUAAAAUACCAGCGGCAGCUAAUUCAGAAAGUUACAAACAGAACGUGGCUAUAAGCUGUAUUCAACACAUGGAUAACAGUUUGCAAACCAUGUUCUUUGAGGUGGUAUGAUUCUGUAAAGGAAUUAAAUACAACAAAGUGUAUGUAAAUUAUUGACCUUGAACAUUGAUCUUUUACCUCAUUUCUAGUCUGUAUUUUUGUACAUGGAGCUUUGCGAUCAGUCGAAAUAGAACGUGUGCCAUCUUACCUUUUGUAAUUUAACAGGCAAAACUAAAUAAUAUUUGAAAAGGGAACAGGAAUAUAGCCAUUGUUUUCCUAGCACCAGUAAAGACAAAAAUAUUUUCAUUUGCUUUGUCAUUAAUUAGCUGCAAAAAGAACGGCAAGAGAAUUUGAUCCAGCGUAGACCUCUGCUUAAAACCCUUAUUUUUAAAUCCAUGAAAAGUGCUUUGAAGGGACAUUGUGUAAAAAUACAAAAUUAUCUCUUUUAAAAAUACAAAACAGUGUAUUAUUAUGCUAUGAAUUGAUACUGGAGCAGCUAAAAUAUUAAAAUGAUUAUUUCCAAGUCAGUGUGAACUGGAAGAACAGUAUUUCUAAAGUUCCAGCUUAUUUUCUGUGGCCUUUUAAUUCUCCACAUUGAGCAGCAAUGUGGUACAGACAUUCUUAUACGGAUGAUGGAAUCUUAUUCCAUUUUAUGUGUUCACACAGAAAGCAAGGGCUUACCCACCUGAAUGAAGAAUUGACGAGUGUGUGGGGAAAGCAGUAGAACAUCCCCGCCACUGACAGGCUACAAGUUCUGCCUGUACUGGGUGGAGAGUGACAAAUGGAGUUGGCCAGUGAGUUUGGAUCCCCAUGUCACCAGAUAGCUCCACUUCCAGGUUGUGUUUAAGUGAUAGUUUUAGUGGAAUAAUAAUCCAUCCUUAGGGAGGUCUCUGUUUCAUCUUUUAUUCAUGCCAGCAUCUUAGGUUAUGAGGCCUAAUAGUUUAUGGCAGCAGGCAAGGGACUCAUUUCUAACCCAUUAAAUUGAAAUGGAUUUUCUUCUAUUGUCCCUUUCAUUCUUGGAGCUUUAUAAAAACUCUUGAAAACAUCUGACAGGAUCCCAUUAAGGACCUGAUUUACUUAAACAAUAAAAUGAUAUCUAAACAUCAGAGAGUCAAAGGAUAAUCUCGUUCAUUUCAUUUGCAGAAUAUAAGCCAUUGUGUUAUAUUUGCCAUAUGGAACCAUGCCUUUAAUAAAUGUAAAAAGUGAAAAGUAAAGAACAACAUUAUCAUAUGAUGUGAGACAGAGAGCAGACAGAAAGAUGGAGACCAAUCUUGGCAUUUGUAUUUUGGGAUUAAGGAUACUGGCCUUUUACUAUCACUUCUCUCAUGGAUUACCUUUUUUUUAAGAUAGAUAGAUAGAUACAUAGAUAAAUAAUUAAUUUUCUUCUUCUUUAACGUCUGAGUAGACUUAGAUGAUAGAAAUUACUUUGUAACACUCCCCCCCCCCCCAUGGAGCGUGAGGGGAAACAAAACAAACAAACAGAAAAGCACAAAAUUUCUUCCUCAUAACGAAAUAGAGAAUUCUAAGAUUGGAAGCCCAUGUAUCUACAUAUAUACGUAUAGCACUAUCUCUCAAAUAAAGAGGAGCUAGAGAAUUCAGGCAUCAAUUUUUUUCCAGUUGAAACUUCAUUUUUCUGAUUCUGAAAUCCUCACACAGCCCUGCAAGAGUUGCACUCCUGACCCAGCACAGUGCUUGACACAAUCGGUAAACACAUGCGGAACUGUCAGACUGAAAUCCACUACCCACCUGUGAAUGAAAACAAAAUUCAAAUUGACCUGAAAAUCUAUUCAACAGCUUCUUUAGGCCAAGGACAUUGUUAAAGGCUUACAUUUAAGUGUAUGGAGACAUAUCCUAGUUACAGGAAUAAAAAAAAAAAGCUUAUACAAAAUGGGAAAUUGCAGGUAAUUUGGAAAAAAUGGUCAGAACUGAGUUUAUAAACACUCACACACAAAGUAAAACUCUAUGACCUUUUUAUGAAAAAAAAAGGAAUGAUGAUACCAAUCUAUAUGAAACACCAAUGAAUUUAUUUAGAAUCCAAGUUGAAACUUUUUAAUUCCAAAAUGGACCCUCUUGGUGCAAAUAUGAGAUUCCGUAUGUGCAGCAUGGGAAAUCAUUGCAUGGUUUCGCUCCAUCAGUGUUGUGAUUGGUACAGUGCUGAACCUGGCAAAAUUGAAUGUUAAAGAACAUAAUGUUGCGCUAAUAAUGUUAUAUUAGAUUUUAUUCUCGAAUGAGUGGAAAGUAAUACUUAUAAUUCAUCAACAGUGGUCUGUGAUUAAAGUCCUCAUUAUCACUCAGAAAAUGAACUUAAUGAAAAAAACUGUUUUUGAACAAUGGCAAUAUUCCUAUGAAGUAUCCCUUUGACAGCCAAGAGACACGUUACCUACCAAGACCAGAUUUCGGUUUUUAAGGUUUCCUCUGAUCAAAGGCACAGAUAGGAACAGAGUUGACACUAGAAUUAGAAUAGUAAUAGCUUUCUACGACAUUAGACUGUUCAUCCAAUAAGAAAACUUGGGCCCAGGGUGGUUAGAAACAUGGGAAGCAGGUUUCUGGAUGCUGUCAUUGAACAUUUUCAAAAGACUGGGUUCUCCUCCAAUAAAGUCUAUACCUUAGGGUUCUGUGUACAGAACCAAUGAGAUAUAUGUAUAUAGAGAGAGAGACAGAUUUACUUCAAGGAAUUGACUUAUGUGAUUGUGGUGGCUGGCCACAGGUUAGAGACUUGUGCAGGCUUGUGACCUAAGAUCUGUAGCUCAGGUGACAGGAAGGGUGCAGAGUGGAGACAGAGAGUGAGUUCUGCCAAAAUACCUAGUUUGGGGUGGAUCAAACCCUAAGGAAACUCCCCUUUCAGCUAAUUGAUUAGAUUACAUUAUGGAAUGUGAUUACAUUAUGCUGCAUUAGAUUACAUUAUGGAACAGCAGCUAGUCUAGUGUUUGGCCAAACCACUGGGAACCAUAGCUUAGCCAUGUUGACACGUAAAAUUAACCAUCACAGCCUGCAAUAGCCAAUAAUUGAUUCAUUGAAAGAACUUCUUGUUUUUACCUUGAACAAGGGUGGGGUGCAGUAGGAGACCUGGACUGAAGGAUUCAUGAAAGUCAAAUUUAAACAUUAUUCAUUCCUGAUUAUUUCCUUAGGUAGUGGUCCACUCACCCCCACCCAUUUUUCUUUAAAAUAUUUUCGGAAAUAAUUUGAGAUGAAUACAUGUUUAUUCUGGCUCUGUUCCCAAGAGGGUGCGAAUCAACACUGACAGUGACUAACUCCACUCAGUGAAGUUGGACUCAGCCUAGGUUGCCAUCUGCUGAGCCAGAAGAAGUAGGGAGUGGUGUGUGGGCCCUUAUGCAGCUUACACAGGCACACUUGGUCACUCUCCUUUGGAGUGAUCUCUCCAUCUCCAUGGGUAGAUGCAAACUGGAGUGGGCCAGAAUCAAUGCCAUCAUCAGGGCCCAUCUCCUAAGCCAUGAUUCCUGAAUUUCACUCAUGUACCUUCGUGGGAGCUGGCUUCUGGGCCAGCGGAAAGCUUUCUCCAUCAGAUUAUGGUAAAGGAUAACUCACUUAAAAUAAAGCAUAUUAAAACCCAAUGGCUAUAGAAUGGCUUUUAAAUAGAUUGACUUGGAGGCACAUUAUUGUAUAGUCUUUGCCUCUCUGUCGUGAUCUACCAUGUACACUAUGACUGUCCUUGGCUUUGAGUCUAGGUAUGUAUGAUGGAGCUGAAAUACAGCCACAACCAGUAUAUAUAGAUUUAUAGUAAAAAUCCACAGCCAUAGGUGUUGUCCAGCAACUGAUUCUAGAGAGAGAACUGUAGAGUAUCUGUUUUCCUUUUUUCUUGCUUUGAUGAUAUUUUUAUACAAUUUUAUAUGCUGUAAAUUUUUUUAAAAACAUAUUUGCUAUUUUCAUUUGUAGGGCUCAGUUAGGUUUUUAUCAGUUCUUAUGCCUGCUUUACAGCCAAACAAUCCCAUCUAAUUUAAGUGACUUCCAUCUUUCUCACACCCUUUUCGUUCCCUUUCCCUCUGCCAUUUUUCUACCUUUCACACAUUCCUUCUUUGGCCUCUAUACUGGUAAGCCAUUCAGCUUGCAAUAUCAUCGUAGAACACGGAAAUACAAAAUGACUGAGAAAACCAAAGCACCUUGUUCUAGUGUAACCCACACAAGGAAAUAUUAGGUGCAAAGUGUGGGGUGGGGAUAGGAAGGGAGCAGGGGAUAGAUUGAGGAAAGAAAAGCCUCAUGGAAGGCCCAUUACCCAGAGCAAGGUGAGUCACUUGGAGGCUAACACAAUGUUACCCUUACCUUCCUUCAGUGGAGAGCACAAUUUUUGCUGUCAAAGAGUUUUUCUCCUUAGGAUGAUGCAGUGCCCUUGCCAGCGUUCUGUAGACUCCAUCCUAAGACAGGCACUGGUCAUAUGUGAAUGGAAAAAAAUCAGCUCAUCUCCUCAACCUUAGAUUUUGCUGCUGCUCAGGUGAAUUUGUGGCCAAUGUCUGGAUUCAUAUUAGGAAUGUUUAACAAGACUUAAAAAAGGGAGGUAAGGAGAACCAAAGCCCCAGACUUCCAGCCAGAUCAUGCUGAAUAAAUAAUUCUUUGGAUGAACAAGGAAGGGAUUUCUGAGAAUGCGCUUCCAAAAGGAGAAUUGUAAAAAGGACUUCUCUCAUUUUACUGCAGUGAUGGAAUGCAUUUCCGUGAUGUGAAAUGUGUUUCUGGCAGAUGAAAUGCAGUUUGCAAUUUGUAUUUGUGCACCAUAGGACAAGAGAAUGACCAUGUGCACUAAGGAAGAGUGCUUUGUUCCCUGUGAGGUUGGUUUGUACUAAAGCAACCUAUUCAAAUGGCACCACAUCAUAUUUCCAAAUGCAAAAAUAAAUCAUAGGAAUUCAUGUAAAACAGAGUAUGCUGAACUGUUCUCAGAAGUGAAAGAUGUGUUGACUGUAAAUCUUUUUUGCAAAGGUGAGGCUGACAGUCUUUCAAUGUGUAAUUUCCCCCCAACAUCUGGUGAUGAAUAAGUAUUUGUAUGUUCCUCUGAUUACCAAAUAAAAACAAUGAGUUAACCUCUCAAUUGGAAUUCGAAUAAUGAAAAGGCUGUUUUUUUUUUUUUUGUUGUUGUUCUUUUAAUGUUUUUCAUUGUUGUCUAUGUUCUGUCCCAGAUACAGGGAAGCUCUCUCAACCAUCUGUCUCUUUUGUAUUCCCCCAAAUGCCACCCAAUACGCAGGUGGACUAAGUGCCUUUGCCUGCACACUGGAAGAUAUACACAGGGGACGACAGUAUCAGGUUUCACACCAUCAUUUUUGAUGAUGAGGGUUGGGGUGAGUGGGUUAUCGGAAGCUCCUUAGAGGCCUAAGAAAUCUCAGCACUCAUGGAAUCAGACUAACUGCUAUAUUCUUAAAUUGUCUCCAGAUAUAAUGAUAUAAAGAUUUUCCAGCUAGCUUUUGAAUUCCAAAAUUUCUUUCUUUUCAGAUUUUCUUUCUCAUAUAUAUGUACUUUUUUUUUUCUUUCCAGCCAGCAACACAAGGAGUCUGACCUGACCAGGCAUAUUAGUUUCCUAGGGCUGCCAUGGAACCCUGGUGGUGCAGUGGUUAAGAGCUAUGGCUGCUAAUGGAAAGGUCAGCAGUUCGAAUCCACCAGCUGCUCCUUGAAAAUCCUAUGGGGCAGUUCUACUCUGUCCUAUAAGGUUGCUAUGAGUUGUAGUUGACUCGAUGGUAAUGGUUUUGUUUUGUUUUUUCUAGUUUAGGGCUGCCAUGGCAGAUUAGCACAAAGCAGAUGGCUUAAAACAACAGAAAUUCAUUCUCUCACAUUUCUGGAGGCUAGAGGUCUGAAAUCAAGGUGUAGGCAAGUUUGGUUCCAUCUGGUGGGCUUUGAGGGAGAGUCUAUCCCAUUCCUCUCUUCCAGCUUCCAGCUCUGUCCACAGUUCUUGGUGUUCCUUGGCUGGCAGAUGCAUCACUCCAGUCCCUGCCUCUGUUGUCACAUGGUGUCUUUUCGUGUUUCUGUCUGUGCGUCUCUUCUCGUCUAAGGACACCAGUUUAUAAGGAUGACCGUCAUAUAGGAGUAGGGCCCACCCUACUGAACUAAUUACAAAUAUGCAAAGAUGCUAUUUCCAAAUAAAGUCACAUUCACAGGUACUGGGGGGUAGGACUUGAAAAUAUAUUUUGGGAGGACACAAAUGAACCCAUAACACCAGGAAAUAGUCAUUACCCCUGUUUGUGGGGAUCCAAGUGUUACAUACUGUGUGGCACUUAGGCUGUCUCCUUCAAACCUGCCUCUAAAAGGGAGCCUCCUAGUGGCAAUGAUGAUACCACAGCCUCAUGUGGGCUGCCUGGUGUGUUGUUCCCACCCAGUGACUCCACUGGAGAGUUACAUUGACACAUGGGGUUUGAUGUUCCCCUGCAGCAGCUGUAUUUUCCAUGGACUGAAACAUAUUUUAAAUAUUCCUUUUUUUCCUGAAAACAAAUCCAAAUUUACUCAUUUUGGAAAAUGUAGAGAAGUAUAGUAAAGAAAAUUAAAAUCAC